AUGACCUACAACGCCAUGACUAGCCUGGUGGGCAACUACGCCAACACUCUGCUGAACAAGAGCUUCGAGUUCCCGACCUUCAUCCGCCACGGCUCCAGCAAGAACCUGUUCGAUGCGCUGGACGGCGACGUGACCCUGGGUGUCGCUUUCUUCGAUCACCGUGGCCACCUGAAGGAGACGGUGCCCACCCACCACCCCUUCAAGAAGAUCUUGGCGCUCGCCUACUACGAGGCCACCGAGAUGACGGAGACCAUCAUGGGCCCCGAUGGCAACAUCACCAUGGAGACAAAGUUGGCCGCUGAUCCGGCCUACUACCACCUCUGUGAGGUUGCCAAGCAGGUUACCACUACCUGGUUCGCCCUGACCGACAACUAUCACAUUGUCAAGGCUCCGGUGAGCGUUCUGAUGGAUGGGGUGAAGCCAGUCCUGCCAUACGUGCUGAAGGACUCUAAGUACUGUGGUGAGCGCCCCAACUGCAAGGCCUCUUUGGAGCAGGCCGAGGAUCUCUUCAGCAUCAACUUGAAUUACCACCACGACAAGUACGAGGUGCUCUACAAGACCGCGGAUGCCGUCGAGUUCUGCAAGGCUUGGGACACUGCCACCAGCGGCAAGCAAUGGAGCGACUGCUCUCUUACCUUCGGCCCAACUGGGGACGACUACAUCGCCUGGAAGAUCAGCUCCCCCACUUCCAACAUCACGGAUGAGUUCAUCCCUAAGGACAAGACCCGCUACGGCUGGAGAGCCUGGACCAGCUUGUGGCAGCCGGCCCCCGUGGAGUCGCGCACGUGCGACACUGUGCUCUACGGCGUGAAGGAGUACCUCGAGACCCUCGACAACAUCUCCGAGUGCGCUGUGAACUACGUGGAGGAUGCUUCGGGCUGCAUGGGAGACAGCGCCUGCAUGUGGAGGCCCAUGUUCGAGUCUGGUGUGUGCAUGCUGGACUACAAGAGC